AUGUCCAGCGAUCAUCAUCAGCCAGAGCCACAACCACCCACCACCAUUUCUGCAAACAAUGAGGAGGAGCAGAGCCACCAGAACCAACGACCAGAAGAAACAGGGGAGCCGAAGAAGGAAAAGCCGUAUUCAUUUCCUGUUACAACACUAAAGCUACUCAGCAGCUAUGCAAGCAGUUCAAGAAAGGCAAGAGAGGGGGGAAAGGAGACUGACCAUCAAUCUGAUGCCAGGAAACUAUCCACCAUGGAUAUCAUCAGGCUGGCUUCCCGCUUCGGUUCCUUCUCCGUCUUCAUGCAUCCUUACAGUUCAGGUCUUUUGGGGGUAUCCGAGGAAGAAGAGAAAGACGUAGAGCUUGCCCAGCUUCUUCUGUCAGCAGCAGAGAACACAGAGUACCAGUAUUUUGACCGUGCAAAAAGAUUGCUUACUCGGUGUGAGAAUCUGGCAUCCGAAAAGGGCAAUCCAGUGCAAAGAAUUGUAUACUACUUUGCUGAAGCUCUUCGAGAGAGGAUUGACAGAAAAACUGCCAGAGUCAAGAACAAGAAGGCAGAGGAACAUGGAGGGUGCACGAGCCUGCCACUGGUUACCAGCCUUCCAUUCAUGGCGCUCCACCAAAAAAUCCCAUUUAUUCAUGGGAUUCAAUUUGCAGCAAUGCAGCAGAUAGUAGAAAAUGUGGCAUCAGCAACCAAGGUCCACGUGAUCGAUCUCCGGAUCAGGUGCGAAGCUCACUGGACAAUCUUGAUGCAGACUCUGGCUGAGAGAGAUACGCUCCGCAUUGAGCUUCUAAAGAUAACUGCGGUGACAACAAAUGAUUAUAAGAAGGAUUGUGAGGAAAGUUGCAAAAGGUUGCACAGUUUUGCAAAUUCCUUUAACUUGCCUUUUUCAUUCAAGGUGGUUUCUCUAUCAGACAUGAAAGGUAUGAUGGCGGAGCUGAUUGACACGGCACCUGAUGAAACCAUUGUUGUUUAUGCCCCAUUAAUACUGAGUUCAAUGAUCUCAAGGCCUGAUUGCUUGGAUGGCCUAAUAAGAGCAAUCAGAAGCCUCAAACCAGCCAUAAUGGUGGUCUAUGAAACAGAAGCAGAAAUCAAUUCUCCCUUGUUUCUAAAGCGCUUUAUGGAGGCACUUCUCCAUUUCAGUGCAUUCUUUGAUUGCUUAGAGGAUUGUGUGCAACGUGACAAUAAGUAUAGAUUGAUUUUGGAAGGAUUUCAUCUAAGAGAAGCAAUUCUAAACAUGGUUGUAAAAGAUGGAGAGGAAUGGACCAACCGAAGCAUGAGAAUUGAUGCUUGGAGACCAAUCUUUGCAAGGUUUGGAAUGGUGGAAGUUGAACUUAGUGAAUCAUCACUGUAUCAAGCUAGCUUGGUCGUUAAGCAGUGUCCUUGUGGAAGCCUUUGUACCAUAGAUAAGAAUGGCAAGAGCCUAAUUUUUUGGUGGAAGGGAAGUCCGCUUCUCUCUCUUUCCACUUGGAAGUUCUCAUAG